AUACAUGUAUACAUCUGCGAUGCAGAAGACGUGUGCGUGAAUGAGAAUGUGUGCGACAGUGUUCAUAAUAAAGUUUGUUGCUCGAAUGUUUUUAAUACAGGUCUUCCAGUGAUAGUUUUAGUGGAGAUGAAUUGCGACACACCAGUAUCGAAAGCAUACGUUAGGAAAUGCAGAAACAGUGUACUUAUAGGCAUACGAAUACGUUAGAACACCUACGCCCACUUUCAUGAGCAUAAAGUGGUUUUUCGAUCUAUUUUAGAAUCAUUUCUUGUGGCAUAUCUAAAUGAAAGUGUAACGUUUUGCCUGUUGGUUACGUGUGCUUAGAACAACAUGGGCCGUAAACUGCCGUCAGUGUUGUAAACUUUGACAAGAGACGUGAAGUGUUGUGUAAUUGUGUAACACGGGAAAACGCUGUACAGUUGUCAUUUACAUUUGAGCGUUUUAAAACACAAAUAUAUUAUUAAAGAUUUUCGUGAAGCAUGUUGCGGUCAUGGGUUAAUGAAGCGGUAGGUGUAUUGUGAAGGGAAGUGCACUGUUCGAAAAAUUGUUAAUAAGGUUGUGGUUACUUAAAACAAUAUUUACGGGCCAAUUACCACUAUCAGGCAAAGAAGAGCACAAAGUCUGGAAAAUAGUGAGGUAUGAUUGCGAUAUUAUUGUUAAUAGAUAAUUGAUAUUGAAUACUAACUGUAUAUCUUUACUUUUGUCCGCACCACUUGUUUUUAGCUUUCUAACAAAGCAUAGCAUUAAGUAAAGUGACAUUGCACUGUAGGUAAAGAAUCCGUAGUCUAACAGACUACAACGUUUUACGGUGUUGUCGUCACCAUGGUAACGCCAUUGUUUGUUUACAUAGCCAGGUUGUAAAACGAUAGGCACAUCAACAAUGUAUUAUCAGUGAAGCAUAUAGUGGCAUUUUACACCAUUUGACAUAAAGUGGGCGAAUUUGUAAUCUUUGGGAUUCGCUAGUCAUCGACAGCAUGAGAUGAACACCAGUGUUUCAUAUUGCGGUCGUUGUACUAGGCUAUUGUUGGACAAUCACUGCGUUUGUAGGAAGGGAGCCAGUGUGACCGGCAAUGUCAAAUUCAUCAGGAGCUUGUUAAGGAAGUGCUUUCUUAGCACGCUGCCCGUAAGACGUUGCGCGUGUCUUACUUAAGUGGUAUUAUUUUUAUGUGCGUGUUUGAAAAUGGUCCACUAAAAAUUGUUUGGAGGCAUUAGUGGAUUACGCCUUCUGUGUAUCUAAAUGCAACCAGGAGUGUGUCAAAAACUGGCUUCUUGCUGUGGUGGUAAUGUGGGAUGGCAACUUCCGUGUCACCACCAGAUGGGCCUGCCCAUGUGAACUCACAUUCACAUCAGCGAUCAAGCACACGAGUGUCUCUGCCAGAGAAAGUUUCACAGCUGUAUUACGCCCACGGACUGUUCUGUGCUAGUCAUCAGUGGCUUGUUUUGGGAUUUGCUGCCAUUGUUGUUUUGUUGUGCUGUUACCCACUGCUGAGUCUACCUUUACCAGGUAAUGUUCCUCAGGCACUAGUAGGAAACAAAACAUUCAUUUCCUCUAAUGUUCAAGCUCCAUUGUCGUCAUCUCAGCAGAACUCUGAACUGCCUCGAUGGUUCUCUGGAACGCCAUUACUUUAUGUUCAUCAGGUAAUAGUAAGAUCUGCUGUGUGUCCAUGGGCUGAUGACUUGGUGCUUGCUGAUGGUUUUCGUGCACCUCUUGGAGAAGCUUUCAGAUUGCUUGAUGCUGUUAGAGACUAUCACCACGAGAAUAAUUCAUUGACACUUUCUGAUGUCUGCCUCCACGUGGAAUCUGCUGUGGCAUUGGCGCCAGAGCAUCGAUCAAUGGUGCCAGAGUUUGGAUGCCUAGUUUUGAGUCCUGCUGGCCUUUGGCAUCAUGACCCAGGACGUUACGCUAAAGAUCCUGCACCACUGAGGACUGUAUUCACAUACCAAGGUGUUCAGCAUGGGAAGGUGAGUCUGUCAGAAGUUCUUCUGGGGCAUUGCGUGAAAGACACUGGAGUUAAGAGGUAUCCACUUCGAAGUCGGCAGAGAGUGCUGCAGUAUGCACUCACCCUAUUUCUUCGUGUUCACAGUCAAGAAUUUCUUGAUGGACUCCACCAGCGUUUGCGGCGAUUGUACCCACUACAUCAAGGAGGUGUUCAAAAUCUGGAUACGACAUACAAAAAUGAAAAUGAUUUGCUGCAUGUGUACUACCCAGGAAAAUUCAGUGCUCGAGCUGUUGCUCCUUUGAUUGCCACUUUGGUAGCCAUUUUUGUUUAUGUCUACUUUUCUUUGCGAAAAGUUGAGCUCAUCAAAUCAAAGUUGGGGAUUGCAUUUGCAGUGGUGAUUACAGUUUUGGCAUCUCUCUUAAUGUCUGUGGGUCUUUGCUUCUCUUUUGGCCUGACCCUGUCCAUGAGUGGUCGUGAUUACUAUCCAUAUCUUGUUGUAAUUGUUGGACUGGAAAACGUAAUUAUUCUCACAAAAUCGAUAGUGUCUACUCCACCCCAUCUGGAUGCCAAAAUCCGUGUUGCACAGGGACUGAGCCGAGAGGGUUGGUCUAUUACAAAGAAUCUUUUAACUGAGGUCACAAUCUUGACUUUCGGGUUGUUCACUUUGGUGCCAGCUAUUCAGGAAUUCUGCAUUUUUGCUGUUGUUGCACUUCUUUCAGAUUUCUUCUUACAGGUUGUAUUUUUUUCGACUGUGCUGGCUGCAGACAUUAGACGAGCAGACUUGAGUGGAUUGGAUGGUUCAUCAGGUGUUAGCAGUACCCCAUACACAGCUGCAGUUUCACGAUCUUCUUUCCUGUCCGCUGAUGUUGGUGACAGUGUAGCAGGUCGUCGAAGCGGCCUGCAUCGCUCUCGUUCACACCCUCGUUUGGAAUCAACUUCAGCAAGCUAUCCUGCAAGCAUUGUGGCUCCACCAUUGGGAAGAACAUACAAUUCUGCUGCUGUCCUUAUACCAAAGCGACUGCGUGUGGUGCAUUUCUGGGCACGUACUCGAAUCGUUCAGCGUGGCUUUAUGGUGUUCAUGGUUGUAUGGAUAGCCGCAAUUGUGUAUGACUCUGGCAUUAUUGAACAGCUGUUGCCGGAUGGUGGAGGAACAACAUGGCACCCAACUGACUCUGUUUCUGAUUUCAGUGUUGAAAAUAAGCAAAAAACUGUGGAAAACUCCGUUUACGAUGGGCCGGAGAAAAGAGCCAUACCACCACUUCUCACUGAUUCCAAAGACAAAGGAAGUAAUGGAGGAAAUCAUUACAGUAAUGGGAAUAGUAAUGGGGGUAGUAUACUUUCUGGCCUGCCGUGCCAAAAACUUUUGCCUCAGCCAAGCCGCUGGGAACCUGCUGUUAGUGUCAAAGAAGCUCGUCGUUGGCAGGCUGCACUCCAACUCUACAACAUUUCAGUGAGUGGUCAUUACAUCACCGUUCUUCCACCACUCCACCUAUUGGCUCCAGUGUCUCCUCAAGCAGCUAGAAUAGCUCGUCAUCCUGAUGAUAUUCCGGGAUCUCUCAGUCCUGGAUCUUCAGGAAAUGGACCUCCUGGUUGGGAAACUUUGGCUGCUGCACUUGAUUCAGGGGAUUUCGAUCUGAAUUCUGCUGACCUUAGGCAUGAUGGACCUGCAAGCUCAGCAUCUCACCAGUCGUCAGCACCUUUGGUGCCCCAGUCACCUACAGAGCUGUUUUUAACUGCAGUUCUUUGUGCUGUGAGUGUAGCUGUGAUUGCUUACACCACUGCUGUGCUCUAUCGCUGUGUCUGUUCCCGUAAUUAUGCAGAGUGGCGUGCUGGUUGGAGUGGAGAAGGAAGUGGGGCAGCUAAUGAAGGUGACACACAGGUAGUCUUGAGGGAAUCUGUGCCUCUUGCACUGGAGGGUCAUACUCAGCAGGUAGAAUGGAUUGUUGCUGAUGGUGGCAUUAUAGUCAGCUGCUGCUUUGGUGGGGAACUGCGUUCUUGGGAUGGGCUUUCGGGAGAGUUGCUUGCCUUCACAGACAGAGCAAGGUUCUUCUCACACCCACCAAUACUCCGUUCAUGUUCAGAGGAGGGUACCCAUUCUGACUAUGAAAGUGGUUCUCCACCCUCACGUGGUGAUGAGCCUUCUUCUGUUAUCACACCAUUGCCAGGAAAUCAGGUGUUACCAUCCUUUCCUGAUUUGAGACAUGCUAUAUCUGCAAACUUCACAUCUGCUUCUCAUCAGCAGCUUUCCGUAGUGGCACCUCCAGAUCCCAGAACUGGUUUUGACUAUGGAGAGAGGUACCGUUUGCUGUUUGAAGAGUUUAUUUCUCAGCAACGCCAAAAAACUGAACGUACAACAGAUUUCCCAGUUUCACAAGAAAACUGUUCAUUCCGUCCUCCCUUGUCUACUCCAACACCAAUUCCGGGUUCCACCCUCCAUCGAACACUGCCGUCGGCAGAGCCUCCAUCUCCAGUAUCACCCCAUUCAGCCAGUCCAUCAACAGUGUCGUCUCGGCCUCCACCUCCUGUCUGGUGCCUAGAUUGCCGGGACAACUUGGUGGCUGCUGGUUGUGCUGAUGGGAGACUGGAGUUUUGGGAGGCCAAUACUGGUGCAUUUAAGUGUCUGUUUGAUGAUGGCAGUGGAGUGGCAGUCACAGCUGUAAAAGUAAUUGGGAAUCGGGUGGUAGCUGCUCGUUUGAAUGGAACUCUAGAUUUUCUGGAACUUGAAACUUUUGGGAAAAGUGGCAAACGUCCCCUUGCACUUGAUGGUUGGGGAUUCACCAAUUUUCGGCGCACACAUAUACGAACAGGAAGUGCUGGCUCUGCAGCUGAUAUGAAGUUUAUUGGAUCCAGUGGCAGUGCGCAUGGAAAUACGGGACAGAAAAAUGAAAGCGAAGCUGUAACUGAGGAGGAAGUUCGCUGUUCACGUUUAGUUCAAGCUCGUGCUCACAGGCAACCAAUCACUGCUUUGGACUGUGAAGGAGGUCGUGUUGUAACUGGAGGCCAGGACCAUUGCAUGAAGGUUUUUCGGUUGGAAGAUCAGCGGCCACUGUACACAUUGCAUGGACAUUGUGGACCUAUUACCUGUGUUUUUAUUGACCGCAUUUCUCCAUUACUUUCUGGUUCUGGCAGCCAAGAUGGACUUCUUUGCGUGUGGGACCUACUGACAGGGACAUGCAUGUAUAGUAUACAAGCACAUGAUGGAGCGGUUUUGUCUUUGACAUACUCAGCAAGUUACGUAAUUAGUCUGGGAUCUGAUGAGAGGCUUUGUGUGUGGGAAAGGUUUCAAGGUCACCUUCUCAAUACCAUCAAUCUAAGCAACUCCUAUUGUCCAAGUAUUGUUAUGCUUACUCAUAACUUGCUAGUCACAAGCAAACAGGAUUCCUUGAUUGUGUGGGAUGUUCGGACAGGUGAACCAGUUCGUGUGGUACGCUUGAGUGGUGGUGGUGCUCUUGUGAAACAGUUAGUGUUGUUGGCCCCAGGUGAUUCAGUAGCGUGUGACUGUGGAAGCCAAGUCAGAGUGGUGCGGUUCCCUCUCGCUUGUGAUAAGACUGAUUAAAUCGUGAGGUCUGCCACAUAACUUUAACUUUAAAAAAAUUGUAAAUUAGGCAGCUGGAAGUGUAUUACAGGAAAAUUUUCAUCUGCACCCACUAAGUUGCUCCAGAACGUUCUGAGUGGAAAAGCAAGAUUUCAGAAGACACAAAGGGUGACACAGAUUUUUCCCAGUGUGUGUUAACCUCUGACACAUUCAUGACAGAAUUAUGCUUGUCGUGCGGGUGAUAUCACGUAUACAUGUUUAGGAUGGGAAUGUUUUGUGUUGUGAUCAAGUUAGUCUUUUGUUUUUAUUGUAAUUUGGAUGUGUGUUUCUUAAAUCUAUUUAUAAUUGUGUGAAGAAGUUGUUUGAGUGAGUAUGUUUGUAUCAGCACAUUUUUCAUAUUCAUUUGCAGUUAGCUAAAAUCAGGGCACAUGAUCAUAUGUUUAGAAUAUUAUAGGAUAAGGUAAAGCGACAUGAUGUUUCUGUUGGUUAAAGCAUCAGCAACGAUGAUUUAAAAGUUGUUGAUUCAAGUCAAGAUAGGCAUUAACAUAUUGCCCAUUGUCAAAUACGGCAUUCUCUUUUGACAAAGCUUUGUUUAUUUACUCGUGCCAUUUCACUGUGUGGUUUUGAUGGCAUGCAAAUUUUUAGGUCACCAUAACUUGGAGGGUUUGGAUUAAAAUAUAUGAACACUAGAGAAUUUCAUCUCACGUCGGACACACGUUAUCAUUGUGUUGUUCGUUAAACCUUUGGUUUCAUGACUUCUACUUAACUAUAUUCCUAAGAUAAUGUAGGGAACUUUAUUAUUGCAGUACAAAAGUUGAAACCUGUGAUUCUCUUUAGAGUAGCUUUUCUGAAAGAAUGUUUCAUUGAAAUGUGAAGAAUCUUGUAUCCCACUUUCCUCCCAUCAUUCAUCUGUUCAUUUCUACAGAAACCUCAGUUUACUAAUUUUAUUUUAUUGUUACUUCCAGAUUAAAUUGGCCAUGCCAUAUAUUUUGUUCAUAUAAUUGCAUCCCUCUGCCUUUUUCUUUAUCAUAUUAAAAAAAUACACUAGACUAAACAUGAGGCACUUGCCCAUGGUUUGAUUCUCUUCUGAUCACAUUUUAGGUAUUGCUGCUUCCCUAUUUUAAUAGUCUUAGUGUUUGAGUAAGUCAUCAAGGCCAAAGUGUGUCACUAUUUGAGAAUUCACUGUUUGCAGUUACCAGAAAGUGAAUAUACGUACAACCUGUUGCUAGAUUUUGACCAGUUAUCACUAUCCUUAUUUUGCAUUAUAUCCUGUAUAAUAUGUUGUAGUGUAUCUUUCUUUAGUGCAGUGUUAAUUAAUGCUGAAGUUCUGAAGUACACUCAUUCCACACCUUACCAUAGCAUAUCAUUUUGUCUGUCUCCAUUUAUGCAUUAUUGAGAGAGAGAGAGAGAGAGAGAGAGAGAGAGAGAGAAUUUCUUAUCUAAUGACUUCAUUUUUAACAUUCUGCAAGUAGUGCCAAAUAUCAAAUGGGGUCAUUAUUUAGUACUUUAAAUGUGAUGAGUUUCACUUUUUUGCUACUGGGGUGUGAGUCACUAUCUCACAUCAGUUUUUCAGUGUUCUUUAAUUUGUGUGUUGUCUACAGAGUUUUCCACUUUCCUUUUGCUAAACAAAUUGUAAUUUUGAUUUUAGGUAUAUGUAUGUAGUUAGUUUAUUUAUUUUUUUCUUCCCUCUCUUAGCACAUAACAGUUGGUGUUAGUAAUUUUUUUGUGUUGGCAAAAUUAUAAAUCUUAAUGAGUCGGAACCAAGUGAAAUCCGUAGACUACAUUUUAUAAUGUAUGAUUUUCUGUGAUUCACAGCAAAAGUAAAUCAAAUUUUGGCCAGUAGUAAUUACAGUGACGAUUAUGGCCCAGUGAUUUCGAAGUCUUACGCUGCUUCUUCUACAGUUCAGUGGAAAUUAGAAUACUUAGAAAAUGUUUUUGUGAUUAUCAUUUAAAUAUUAUUAGAAAUAUAAUAUAUUAGAGGGUUUUGUGCAGGAAAGAUGAAGACAUUGAUAACAUCUAUAGAUUUACCGAAAACAAUUGCAAUGUCUCAGACACUCUGAACUCAAAUACUUUUACACAUAUUUGUAACAGGAAAGCUGUGGAAAGAGCAUGAAGGGGAGGGUUAUCAUCUCAGAAUCCAGUGGUGAGUGAAGCAAAAGAGGAAAGAAGUAAUAACUUGGGUGUUACUGGUUUGUUGAUAUUUCCUUUGUUUUUUGUAGAACUGUUUUAAGUGCCUUUACUUGUCUGUAUAUUGGUGUUUUAGAUUUUCUUUUAUUUACUUUGUAUUUGAAGUAAGAGAGAGAGAGAAGAGCAGUUGUUUAUGUGAAAGCUGAAACAUUGAUGUCACCUACAUAUUUAAAGUUUUUCACAUAAGUCCAUACUUCUGAAUGUAUGUGUUGCAUAAAGUUAAAUUUAAAGGUGACAUAUGAAGUGUUUAUUCAUAUAUGAAUCAUACCAAAAAGCCAAAGAUGGUAAUAAUCCAUUGUUCUCUCUAUUAUUCUUGUUUUCUUCCCUUUUAUGUUGUAUGAUAAUGAAAUCUAGUGAUUUAAAAAUUUUAUAAUGGUGAUAACUGUAGGAGAAACAUUCACAUCUGUGCUGUAUAUAAUGGUGGUUUUUGAGCAUUUAUAUUGUAGAUUCUGAUUACUUUGUGUAAUGUCUAGCUAUUUUCCACCUUUUGUUUUUAAAUGUAUGACUUUUUGUCGGAAGCUGUGCUUCUUAUUUUCAGAGUAUUUUUAAAAAUGCAUUAAGGAAGGUAAUAUAUCACUUGAUGAAAUCAUCGUGAGUUUCCAUUCGGGUGGUUGCAUCAAAAUUCUGGAAUUUAGACACAGUCACACGGAUGGAAGCUUGAGAAGUUUUCAUGUGCUGUAUAUACUGGGAAAGUCUACAUUCACAAAUAUUUCACUUUUUUUCAUGAAUCCGUAAUGAUAUUCUGUUAAUGUCAAGAAUGUAUGUGUUUAUAUAUGCACAAACCUGUGAAAUUUAUAUUGACUUGUGGCCAGUUAUAUGUUUUAUGUGACUUGAUGUAGGUUUUUUCCCCUCAAAAACAAAAAAAGAAGUACUAGGCAAUACUUGCCAGAUACUGUCUCUGGUAGUGGACCAAAUAUGGAAAAGCUUUGGAGUACAAAGUGUUAACUGUAAAUUGGAUAAAUUCAAAAUUUUAAUCAGUGCUUCGCAUCAUAAAUCGAAUUUGUUAUUAAGUAUCUGUAGAUCUUGUUAUAUAUACUAAGUGUUGUCAACACAGAAUCUGUUACUUUUUAGAUUCUUUCUGUGCAUGGUAAAACCUGUAUUUUACAUUUUACUUUGUGAGAUGCCAACUUAUGGAAGGAAAAAAUCAGGAGUUGUUUGGUUUCUUGCUUUAUACAACAAUCUCCAGUAUAUAAUGGAUGGAGAUUGCAGCCAGUUUGUAAGAUAAGUACUUUUAGCAUGUGUUAAGUCUUAUGAAGACAGGAAUGUGUAAUUUUAUUUUCUUGCGAUGUUUACUUUGAAAGACUGAAGGGACUUACACAACGCUAGUAAGCUAGCUUCAGAUACAUUGGUUUGAGAAAAUUAAGAUCCUGUAAAAGCAGAGGCAGUUACAGAAAAGGUGUUAACUGUGCAAUAUUGAAAAAUUUAAAGUGUGAAUCUCUUGCAAAAAGGGUAAAUCUAGCAUCUUUGCAGUAGACUAGUCAUAUUCUUGCAAUGUGGUUGGCACACCACCCAUUUAGAAUAUAAAAGACUGUUAAGGGAGGAAAGAAUGUGAUUCUGUAUUACCUGUUACUGUUUACUGCAGACAUGGCAAGACAAAAUCUGUGCUGUUUGUUUGUAGUAAAAAAAAAAAAGUACAAAUUUUUGUGAUACAGACACCAAAUGUGGGCUGAAUGAUACUUGACAAUCAAACUGCUAACAUACUGCAAUAUCAAAAUGAGAUAAUGUAAAAUCCAGGUUUUACUUUAAUAUUUAUUUCUGUCAAAUCAUCAUUACUUUCAUAUUAAACAUUUUUGUAGCAGUCUGUAUGGAAACAAUGUGUGUGUGCUUCUUCUUUGCAAGGUAAAACACAUCCGAGAUGAUUUAUUUGAUGUGGGCAGGAACUUUCAAUAUGUUAUAGUCUUAUCCAUCAGCUGGUUUUCUCUAUUCUGAAGUUCCUUUCUAACUAACAUCAUUGCCUCGAAUUCCUGCAAAAUGUGUAACAUAAGGUAUCUUUCUUCAAGACUUCCUAUCUGUCAAGACCAUUAAGUUAGUUUCCUUUCUUUCUUCCUUCCUUCCUUCCUUUCUUUCGUUUUUAGAAAAUAAUUCUUACUCUCUGGGAGGAAUCUUGCACCCCAUUAAAAUAAUUAAAGAACUUGGGUAACUGAUGUCAGAUUAACAUUACUGAGCAUGAAACUCUCCAUUUAUCAACUAUCCAAGUGAAAGACUGUUCUGCACGUCAUUGUGUGCAAUUUUAUUGGCUGUGCUACAGAAAGGUGUGGGCUGAUGCUGAUACACAGAAUGCAUGUAUCAGUUUAUAAUAAUUUUCUGUAGUGGUUGCUACAUUUGAUUUCAAAUGGAAUAUAAUGCAUUUAUUUCAUAUACAAAUAUUUAAGCACAGCACACCUUUGCUACACCCCCUGCCCUUUGUAUAUCCUCUGUGUGUGUGUGUGUGUGUGUGUGUGUGUGUGUGUGUGUGUGUGUGUGUGUUCACCCAUGUGUGCUGCAUAUGCAUGUUGUUAAAUGUGUUAAAGAAUUGUUAUUCUUGUUAAGACUGGAUAAUCAUCCCAGAUAGCGGAUGGAAGAUAAAUAUUGUAAAUUAAAUUAUAUAUUUUUAAAGUUGGACUGCUGAUGCAUAGGAGGCUACUGUUUUAGUACUAAAUUUAUUUAUAACAUUUAAAUGAAUUGAAUUGAUGACUUAAGCAGAAGAAAGGUUGUAUUUUAUAGUAAAGUUUCUAUUUAAAGACAAA